CGGCUUCAAGCUGCUACUACUACUGGAUUACAAAGAUGGCAACCAGGUGGGGAAUCUGCAGCGCCGGCAAAAUCAGUAACGACUUUACCGUGGCCUUGAAAAGUCUUCCUCCUGAAGACCACCAGGUUGCUGCAGUUGCUGCCCGCAAGCUGGAGGAUGCGCAGGAGUUUGCAAAAAAGCACAGCAUCCCCCAAGCGUAUGGCAAUUAUGAGGAGCUGGCCAGAGAUCCAAACAUCGAUGUGGUGUACGUUGGCGUGAUCCACCCCUGCCAUCUGAAGGCAUGUUUGCUCUUCAUGAACGCCAAGAAAAACGUUCUGUGCGAGAAGCCUCUGGCCAUGAACGCCAAGGAGGUGAAGGAAAUCCUGGCCUGUGCCACGAGGAACGACGUCUUCCUCAUGGAGGCCGUGUGGACCAGAUUCUUCCCAGCCUCAGUGGAGAUCCGCCGGCUGCUGGAGGAAGGCGAGUUGGGCGAGGUUAAGAUGGUGAGGUCCGACUUUGGCGUUCCGGUGAUGCAUGUACCGAGAUCCAUGAGCAAGGAGCUCGGCGGAGGGGCUAUGCUAGACCUCGGCGUUUACUGCUUGCAGUUCUCAAUCAUGGUAUACGGUGGAGAGAAACCCCAAAGUAUCCAGGCCACGGGGGUCUGUGCAGAGACUGGAGUGGAUGAGACUGUGGUGGUCACUCUGAAGUUCUCCAACGACAGGAUGGCCGUGUUCACGUGCUCCUCGGGACUGCAGCUCUACAAUGACGCCAACAUCGUGGGCACCAGGGGCAACAUCAGGAUUCCCGCCCACAUGUGGUGCCCCACAUCCAUAGAGGUGAACGGGAAGGAGAGCCACUACACACUUCCGGAACCGAGCCUGCCCCUCAACUUCAUUAACAGCACAGGAAUGCGCUACGAAGCAGAGGAGGUCCGACAGUGUUUGCUCAAAGGUUUAAAGGAGAGUCCGGUGAUAUCGCAUGCUGACUCUCUUCUACUGGCUGAGGUGGAAGACGAAGUGCGCAGGCAGGUGGGCGUGGUCUACAGCCAGGACCACAGCUAACUGUGCAACAAGAGCAAAGGAGUGAAAGAUGAUCAAAUGAUCAAAUGAUCAAAUAAAGCAUUUUCCGAAAAGGUUUAGCCACUCAUGUCUUCUACAUCCAUCCAUCCUUUUUCUAUACCGCUUAUCCUGGACUGGUCGCCAGCCAAUCGCAGGGCACAAAUAGACAAAUCAUUCACACUCACAUUCAUACCUAUGGAAUAUUUAGAGCUGCCAAUUAACCUAACAUGCAUGUUUUUGGAAUGUGUGAGGGAACCGGAGUACCCGGAGAAAACCCAGCCACCGUGCGGCCUCUUCAACAUCAACAGGACAUUCAUAUUCUCUUUUUAAGCUCAUUUAGCUACAUGAGAGGGACAACAUAUUAGGAGCAAAUACGUGGAAAUGUAAUGUGUAGUGAAGAACUGGGAAAUGGUGGUUUGCAUUUGUAUUCCAAUGAACCCAUGCAGUGACGGGCACAAUAACAAGAGUGUCAAUCAAAACUAAGCAUGAUUAUUUUUUUAAAUGCAGGAUUCUUUUUAAUCAGACCUCAUUUGCUUGUAUCUGAUGAGGAAAGUGAACUGCUGGACUGCUUCUGGUUUCUUGGAUGUUGCAACACAUGUGUGUAAUCUGCCCGUGCAAUAACGCCUCCCUC